AACAACACUGCACUGCACUCAGCACAAAUUCAAUACGUCAAAAUCGAACCGGUGCGGGUGGAAUUCCUUUGCAAAAUCGUUGUGCAAAUUUAAUAGUUUUCUCUCCUUGCCAACCCCAUUUGAUUUAUUCCAUAAUCCCAUUUGCUUAUAACUUACAACACAAAGCUUUAAUAAAUAAAUUGAUUUAUUACCCAUUCGUACUUACAUAAAUCACGUUAAGUGUUGGAUGAAAGAAAAGCAAUAAUAAAAAUCAAAAGAACCACAUUAAAAAAAAAAACAAACACACAAAAGUAUCAUGAGUUUACAAUCGAUCAAGUAUGCAGAUUUCAAAUUAGAAAUAUUGGAUCAGCUGCUAUUGCCGGUCCAAUCAAAGUUCAUAUCGGUUAAAGGAGUCGAAGAUGGUUGGAAGGUUAUAAAUAAAAUGCAGGUGCGAGGAGCUCCAGCUAUAGCAAUUGUAGGAUGUCUCUCGCUAGCGGUGGAAAUCUAUCCAGAAAAGUUCGACUCGAAAAAAUCGUUGCGCCAGGAGAUCGAGGGUAAACUAAACUACCUCGUCUCGGCUCGGCCCACAGCUGUGAACAUGAAAAUUGCCGCCGACGAAUUAAUCGCACUUGCAAAUGAAUUAACAAAGAACGAGCAGUGCACAGUGGAAGACAUGAAAUCGAGAUUCUUGGCUGCCACGGAGGCGAUGCUGGAGAAAGACAUAGACGACAACAAAGCAAUCGGAUCGAAUGGUGCCGCUGCUAUUCUCAAGAAAUAUUCCAAAGAAACAUCUGUUCGAGUGUUAACGCACUGCAAUACAGGCUCGUUGGCAACUGCAGGCUAUGGAACGGCACUGGGCGUUGUGCGGAAAUUGCACGAACUGAAGAAAUUAGAACAUGUUUACUGCACAGAGACACGUCCAUAUAAUCAAGGAGCACGACUGACAGCUUUUGAGCUGGUACACGAUAAACUUCCGGCAACAUUGGUGUUGGAUAGUAUGGUGGCAGCGUUGCUACGAGCCAAAAAUAUAGGCGCCGUUGUUGUUGGUGCAGAUCGAGUAGCGGCUAACGGUGAUACAGCAAAUAAAAUAGGAACAUACCAAAUAGCUGUGGUGGCUAAACACCACGAUGUACCUUUCUAUGUGGCGGCGCCUUUGACUUCUAUUGAUUUUCAAAUUCCAAGCGGUGAUCAUAUUAUUAUUGAAGAACGUCCCGAUCGCGAAAUGACACAUGUUGGUGAACAUAGGAUAGCUGCACCAGGUAUCAAUUGUUGGAAUCCAGCUUUCGAUGUUACUCCAGCUGCACUUAUUACAGGAAUUAUCACCGAAGUAGGUGUUUAUAGUCCAACCAAAUUGAAAGAAGAAAUUCAAGGUCUCCAAAAUGUAUAACGAAUUUGCAGAAGCGCUCCCACCAAAAUGUCUGUUGCUUUCAUUAGAAUUUUUGUAUGUUGUGAUAUUAUUACAUGAAGUUUAAAUUUUUUUAAAGAAAAAAAAAAAUAAAUAAAUAAAUAAAUCAAAUGAAAAUAAAAUAUAAAAGA